CAUCACAUUGACAUUCCGAGACUCGAGGCGCUCGAAGUAUUUCGGAGAGAAUUUAUUUUAUUAGAUUGCUUUGCAAUUGUGUUUAAUUGAUAGUGUAUAUUGAGUGCAUAAACAAACAAUGAAUCAAAAACAAUAAUAUUAUUUUUAAAACAAAAAUGAUAGAUGUUCCUUUUAGAAGAAGCCAAUGGCCCUACCUUUUGACUUGCGUGUGUCAAUAUUAAGUGUUUGGGCCUUUGGGAUUAAAUUGCAAUGUUUUUCUUCAAGAAUGUGGUUAUGGACGCCUUUCGUUGCAGUAAAUACUUGAUACUGAUACUCAGUAUUUUCUGGAGGCUAGAUUUCGCGCACGGUUUGAGGUGUUACUGCAACUUCGAGAGUUGUCCCAACUCAACAUGUGAGACAGAUGGCUACUGCUAUGCAGCCACCGCUCUUGAGAAUGGACUCAAGAAGCACACAUACCAUGAGGUGGUCUUAAGCUGUUUGCCAAACAGUACAUUAUUACCACCCGAGUAUCCAUGGCAAUGCCGCGAGCCCCGCUCCUAUUGCUGUAUCAGCGAUUUCUGCAAUACUGAUGCCGAUUCUCGGAAAAAGAUUGCAAAAGUGCUCCGCGCUUCCUUCACGGAAUCGAACACAUCGGCGACAGCAUGGCAAGUGCUACCAUGGAUCAUGGGGCUUAUGGUGCUGGGAGUAUGCGCCGCUAUCAGUCUGUGGUGGGCGCGGAGGUCGCCCAAGGUGCUCAAGCGAGAGUCAAGGUCUCUCUUCGCGCCAGAGGACUCUUGCUGCGAGACCCGCCACUCUAUGAUGACUGCCACCAUUCGAGACAUGAUCGAGCUGACUACCUCGGGCUCCGGAUCUGGGCUGCCGCUCUUGGUCCAGAGGUCAAUAGCUCGUCAAAUCCAACUCGUGGAUAUAAUCGGCAAGGGCAGAUUUGGCGAGGUCUGGCGCGGGCGAUGGCGGGGUGAGAACGUAGCUGUGAAGAUCUUUUCGUCUCGAGAGGAAUGCUCCUGGUUCCGUGAAGCUGAGAUCUAUCAGACGGUGAUGCUGCGCCAUGAAAACAUAUUAGGGUUCAUCGCUGCCGAUAAUAAAGAUAACGGCACAUGGACUCAGUUGUGGCUGAUCACGGAUUAUCAUGAAAAUGGCUCGUUGUUUGACUUCCUCGGCGCGCGAACGAUCGACGCCAACACGCUGGUCAAGAUGGCGCUCUCUAUUGCCACGGGGCUGGCACAUCUGCAUAUGGACAUUGUUGGCACUAAAGGCAAGCCAGCUAUAGCCCAUCGUGACCUCAAGUCGAAGAACAUCCUUGUGAAGAGCAACUUGACUUGUGUGAUUGGUGACCUCGGGCUGGCCGUGCGGCAUAACGUAUCCAGUGAUAGUGUUGACGUUCCCUCGACCAACCGUGUGGGCACUAAACGCUACAUGGCACCUGAGGUACUAGACGAAAGCAUGGACUCGCGUCAGUUCGACCCAUACAAGCGUUCUGAUGUAUACUCGCUCGGGUUGGUUCUGUGGGAGAUUGCGCGGCGCUGCGGCGCUAUGCCAGACGAGUACCAGCCUCCAUACUACGAGUGUGUGCCCCCAGAUCCAGCUCUGGAGGAUAUGCGGCGCGUGGUGUGCAUUGAGCGGCGAAGACCUGUGCUGCCCAACCGCUGGCAUUCGGACCCGGUGCUGUCAGCAAUAUCGAAGGUGAUGAAAGAAUGCUGGUACCAGAAUCCCGCAGCUCGCUUGACAGCUCUUCGAAUCAAGAAGACCCUCGCGAACAUAGCCACAGUAGACCAUUUCAAGCUGUAAGACACCGCUUGCCGUACUAGUCAUAUUGGACGCCUCCAACGAACCGAAUUUGGAAGUGGCUCCGUACAAAGUUUGGUUCUCAUUUGAAUGUAAUAUAUCAAUCGAAAACAAUGAAAUUUCGUAGCCACGUCCUAAAAAUUUAUCCUGUAUCCAUUGUUUGCCAGAUUUCUGUGAAAAUGUGUAGUUUUACACCAGAAUUCAUAGUCAAGAUACGAGCUUCUUUAGAGAAUGAUUUAGAUGACAUACAACCUUAAUGGAUUACAUAAAGGUUGAAUAUGACACAUGUCAUUUGAGUUGUACUCUAAAAGAGUCGCUAUCUUGACUAUGAAUUCCAGUGUUAAUGUUGCACUAAAAAAUGCCAAGUUUAAAAGUUAUACAGAAUUAUACUGUCAAUGUUUGAGUCGAUGUAAUCUUGAAACUACACAUUUUUGCAGAAAUCUGGCAAACAACAAACACAGAUUUUGGUUUCUAAAACGUCUCUACAAAGUUUCAUUGAGUUGGAACCAAACAAGGUCAUGCUAAGGAAACUUCUUUAAAAAAAGACCUGUUAGAAAAAUGAAAAAUAUCAAAAAAUUCAGCAGUUCAGCCGAAAUUAAUACUUAAUCUAACAGAUAGAUUCUAGAUUCCUCGAUAAGUUACUUAUGUUCGCAAAUAACUUGAGCAUUGAUGCGAUUGGUUGGCGACUGGCGCGUGCAUGCGAUUGGUUGAUCAGUUGGUGCGGGUGCACGCGAUUGGUUGAUACAUCGACUUGCGCUUCCCGGAUUCGCCAACUUUCUCUCACUACACCUCUUCAGGACCAAGUUUGCCGAGCACUAUAUUUGAGCAAAGUUAUUUGUCAAAAAAGACCAUAAUGACAGAAUAACAAUGUUGAGUAACGCCAGAAUGUCCUUCUGAAUCCUUUUUUAUGGACCUGUCAUCCCAUCUUGUGGAGUCCACGGGUGACCUGAGGUCUGGCAGUUACCUCCAUCAGCAUAUUAGUCUGGCCAUUCAACGAGGUAACGCAGCCAGCGUUCUGGGCACCUUGCCUUGUUACAGUGA